AUGGUGGCCGAGAGAUGCUUUUUAUACAAGGUGGGAGGCCGCCUGGCUGGAAAUAGAAGAAUGGCACGGGAAAGAACGUUGAAGAAGUGGCAGGAGAGGUGGGAAAGAACGGAAGGAAAGGCACAAUGGACGAAAAAAUUAAUAAAUGAGAUAAGUCCAUGGAUAAGGUGCAAGCACAAAAGCACAUCGUACUUCUCCACCCAGUUUCUCACGGGGCACGGGUCGUUUAGUACAUUCACAUAUAAAAUCGGAAAAAGGGCGGACGACCAGUGCCGCCGGUGUCACAGCCAGGAAAGCCCGGAGCAUGCCUUUUAUGAAUGUGAAAGAUGGAAAAGAGAGCGGAAAAAGUUGGUUGAAGCGAUAGGAAUCCUACCGAAAGUGAAAGAGCUAAUACCUAGAAUGCUUGGUAGCAAAGAAUACUGGGACGCUGUGUUUCACUACGUGAUAGAGGUGAUGAAGAGAAAGGAGGAGGAGGAUAGAGAAAAUGAAGGAUGA